GACAGCCGACAGCCCCAACUUACAGAGCGAGCGCCAACAGUGGGCGGCCGAGCAACAAGCAGCGUGACAGAGAGAGAGAGAGAGCAGUCCAGCAGUGAUCCACGAUGGGGGGCGGUGAUGCCGACAACGGCAAGAAGAUUUUUGUGCAGAAGUGCGCCCAGUGCCACACCGUCGAAUCGGGGGGCAAGCACAAGGUUGGCCCCAAUCUAAGCGGCAUUGUGGGACGCAAAUCCGGCUCUGCUCCGGGCUUCAAAUACACAGAUGCUAAUCAAAAGAAGGGCGUUGUUUGGAGCGAUUCGACGCUGGACGAGUACCUCAAGGAUCCAAAGAAAUACAUACCCGGCACUAAGAUGGUUUUCGCAGGACUCAAAAAGGCCGAAGACCGUGCCGAUUUGAUUGCAUACCUUAAGAAAAAUAAGUAAAACAUUUCGAAACAACAACUACACAUACACUAACACUAUCCCUACGUUAAUACCAAGAAUAUAAAUAUAUACACACACCUGUGUCAAAAGUAGCUCAUUUGACCAACACAAUACAAACGUUAAUGCCAAGAAUAUAAAUAUAUACACACCUACCUCAAUUAGUUAACCCGCCCUACAUGAAAAUAACUGUCCAAAUAUUAAAACACAACACAAAUUGUA